CCCAUAGCUUUAGAAACGCUAUUUGGUUCAUAUAGUUCCACGGUUGGUUUACUAAGAUCGCUUUAGUCCAUAUGACGUUAUGUCUUUAUUUAUUAAUGGGUAUUUUUGAGUGUCUUAAUGCAUACAUUCUAGGUUCAGUGAGAAUCAGUGUAGGCCUAUGUUGUUUUUUUAAAUCUGUAUAUAGGGUCUAGAGUCUAGAAUAGAUCUAGGUAGAGGUAUCUCGAAUCAUGCCGAAUGCAAACAGAAUGUGAUUAUCGUGUUAUUUUAGUGUAAACCGGCAAAAUUAAUUCAUCAAUAAAGAGAUGGCACUAUGUCAAUGUUUUGAAGUCUCUUUUAAGUGUACACUGAUAAUAUCUAGAACAGCAAUAAAAAGUACAACUAGAAAAUAUUCGCUGACACGAAAAGUACAGAAAAAACAGUAUGCUUUUAACCUUAAUGAUCUGAUCCAAUGGAAAAAAGAAACUCAACUUGCUUUUGGUGCUGAAAGGAAAAUGACUAAAACUGGUAAAAUGAGGAAGAGUAAAAAAAGUGGCUUACUGAAUGAACGCUUGUCUGUAUUAAGUGAUUGCUCAUCCCCUAAUGCAAUUAUAAUUCCAAGCAAAGAGGAAUUAGAUUUGAAAGUUCCCCCACAAAUAGAUUCAUCUGAUUUUCCUACACCUGAAUCAGCUUAUAAUGUUGACAGCCCUGCACCACAGUUAAUGCCCACAUUUCAGGAUGAUGGAAAUCAGCAUGCUAAACAUGUACUAGAUGGACAUAAGUGGAUGGCACACACAAAUAUGCCUAUCAGCUUGAAUAGUAAAGUACAAAGUUCAGCCACUAAUCAGCCACUUUCUCCCUUGCCUGUGUCAGCUUCUACAGCUUUAAGACAAAAUGACCAUGAGAUCAAAUGUGAGGAUGAGGUUACUCAAAGCUUGGCAAAACUAAUUUCAGAUAGAAAGAAACAAAGCCAACUUCUUGGAUUAACAAAACCUGAUUUGGCAGUAAAUAACAAAUUUUUUUUAACUAAGAAUAGAUUAAAAUAUAAUAAUCAGGACAAAAGUUUCUUUACAAAUAAAGCAUCUAAUGCAGAAGAAGAUUUAUCAGAGAUAUUUAUUCCAAAAUUAGCACCCAUCCCACAGCCUAAGUCUUCUAUCAGUAAUAUCUCUGAAGUAUAUGCUAUAAAGCCAGAGCCAUCAGUGUUGGAUGCCACAUCAUCUCUUCCUAUUGAACCACCUGACUCCUACAAUGUGAUUUCUGAAGUGCCUUUGUUUCCAAGGGAGAGUACAACUUGGUCACAGUCUGCUAAACUGGACCAGUUAAAGGCCUUUCACAAUGAUAUAAAGGCUUUAGGGUUUCGAACAGUACCAUCUGUCAAAAGUAUUUUAAACAAGUCAAUGCCAAGUAUAAAUCGUUAUUUCCUUGAGAGAUGGCGUGAGAAGAUGAUUAAAGAACUAGGAGAAGAAGGAUUUCAGCAACACCAAGAAGCCACUAUAAAAAGGGGCCUCAAUUUACAUGCCAACAUACAGGAUUAUCUAAGUGGCAAGCCUUUGAGUGAAAUACAAAUCAUGCCAGAUAAUCAAGGUCACUGGGCCAGUUUACAGUCAACUUUUAAAACCAUGUCAAAUAUUACAGCUCUUGAAGUGGGAGUAUUUCAUCCUUUAUUAUUGUACAGAGGAGUUUUUGACUGUGUUGCCAAAUACAAAGAUUUUCUUUGUGUGAUUGAUUGGAAAGUUUCAAAGAAACCCAGACCUACUAUUAAAGACACAUACGAUGACCCACUGCAGAUUGUGGCAUACAUUGGUGCCAUCAAUGCUAAUGAUGAGUAUGUUCGAAAGUUUGGACAAAUCAACCAUGGAAUGAUUGUGAUAGCAUAUCCUGAUGGACAGCCAUCUCAUGUUCACAUUAUGGACAAGGCAACAAAUAAAGAUUAUUGGAGAACAUGGACUGAUCGCCUGUAUGACUUCUACCAGUUGACCUACACUGAAAAGUUUGGCCAAAAGAUAGACAAAGCCACCAAUAAUGAACUGUCUCAAAAGUCAGCGUCAUGAAAUCUAUGUUUGUGAAGUUAUUAAGAUGUUGAAUAGGCUUGUACAUUAUACUUGUAUAUUAUGUACAUUUAAAUACUUGUUAAAACAAACAAGUACUGUGUGACAUGGACUAAAUCCUGUUGCUCUCAAUAUGAUCAGGCAGAUUCUUAGUUCCUUAGUAAGCAUAACAUUGUUAAUGUAUAAGCACAGAUGUCCACAAUUAUUAUUUUUUUUACUUUAUCAAGUAGAUUAUCUCUUCAACAUAAAAAAAAAUAAAAUAAUGAGACGAAGAAGAAAAAAAAAAUAAUUAGAAUUGAAAAAAAUGAAUGUUUUAAAAAUAUACUAGAAUUAAUAGUUCUGGCUUUAAGAAAAAAACAGGUGUUUUUUUUCUAUAUGCUUAAAAUAAUAUCUAUGUGUUAUUAAAGAGAGUUCAUUCUCAAAAUCAGAAUCAGAGGAUAGAUUGCUGAAAAAAGCAACUCGAUGAUAUAUUCAGUUUUUUGGAGUUUUUUUUUUUUAGAUUUGCAAUGACUAAAAUUUAGGAAAGGUAAUUAUGUUAAAUCAUCAUUUGAAGGACCUAUACCUGUGUGUGCAAUGAAUUCUUAAUGUCUUUUUGAAUAAUAUUUCUUAAUUGAAAUUGACUUUUUAUAGGCAUCACAAACAUUGUACAAUCUGCCAGUUAAACAUAAAAUGAAGAAAUAAUUUUGGCCUGUUCAUACUUGACCAUGGCAUUUCUCUCUGCAUUUAUUUUACCUAAUAGAGCAUUUGAAAAUGGCAUUAAUAACAUUUUACUCUAUAUGCUGCUCGUGUACACUAGUUAAUUAAAAGUGAAGUGUACAUUAUAUCACAUCAUUAAUUUUUUAGGACAGUUUAAAGGCAUUACAAAUUGUUUUUAAUGGCUGGGUAUAUAUGCUAUAUAUAUUUUGAACUCAAUAUUUUAGUAAAAUGUUGAUUAGAAUCUGUAUGAUAUUGUUUUUGUUUGUAAUUUUUUUUUUUUUAAUUUAUUUUAUAAACUUGGUAUAAUAUGUCAACUUUACUAUUAUCGAAUGAUGUAAUCCUAAAAUGUCUUUUUUUAAUAGUGCAUUUAUGUGCAUUUCAAACAUUGGUGUGACAUCUAAUUUAAAAGAUACUUAUCUCUUGUGUAAGCUAGCUUGUUUUAUUAUGGAGACCUUUGCCCAUUUUAGUCAUGAGUAGAUAUUGACUUUUUAUAGAAGUUUUUGUGCAUUUCAAAUAGUCAUGAGUAGAUAUAAUUUAUUUUUGUAAUUAAUCCUAUAAUGAAAAGUUUUGUGUACGUCAAACAGCAACGCUGUCAUUGUUUAUGCAUUUCAAACUUGUAUAAAUAUUGCCAAGAAUCACAAUAUUUUAGACAAGGGCAUUUGAUUUUAUGUUAAAUGUAACUGAUUUGGUUACAAUGUUUAUAAAUAUAUUUUGUUUUUCUUUACUUCAAUACAUUGAAAUUAGUGGAGAAUUGUUAUUGGAAAAUAAAAAUAAGUUUAAAAUGUU